UAUACGUGGCAUUUUCUGAUGUCCGAGCGCUCCGGCGCAUCAGUAGCACCGACGACGAUUCUGAUAUUCUAGAUGACGGAUUGCUGUCUAACGCGAUAGACGAAAGCAGUCCGUUUAAUCUUGAUGAUGUCCCUUCGGCUGUGGAAUCCGACGAUCCUGUACCGCAGGAAGAGGUGUUUCACAGCAUGUUUAUUGCCCGCGAAGGCCAGGAGACAACCGGCCGUACUUGGGAACAGACUCCUGUUUGUACCUUACCUCUGUCAGCCUUCGAGAAAGUCUUUCGCAAGAAGGACAAGGCAACUGCAGCAAAUUUAUUACUGCGUCGCACUAAUCUCCGCGUUGAUCCUCAUCUCACAUUUGCCCCCGAUCACCCCAGUUUGUUGUGGGACGCGUCGAAACAUUUCCUUGACUUUGUCCUUGUCGUAUCAGGUGCAAUUGGCUUGCAUGCAUUCCUCCCGAACACUAUUUCCGACCACACCUUUUCCGUCUCUCUGGAUUUCCGCCUCAAUAACAAACAGUUCAAACCCAAGUUUGGAAAGCUCGGUUUUGACCCUACAGGCUCGAUGAUGGCAAUCGGGACCGGCGUUUCUUGCGAGCUGUGGUUGGGAUUUUGUCCCUUGACACACAUCGAGGAUAUUUCUCUUGCAGACGAGGCUCCUUUGCUAAACGAAAAGAAACACGGCGAGACCCGAGGUCACGAACCUGUACGAUCAGCCGACCAUCAACCUCCGUUUGGAGGACUUGAAGGCCCUCCACAGAUACAUCGUAUCAGAUUGGGAUGAAUGGGUUCACAAAGCGCCAGCAUCUUGGAAGGAUGACGGUUGGCUCCAAUCCCGUGCACCUUUAUCCAUAGCGUGCAGGUAUGGGCAAA